CGCGCCUGCGCAGAAGGACUGCGGAAGCGCGAAGCCACGCUGAAUGGACGGGGAGAGGGUCGGCGAGGCCUGCCGCCGGUUAUUAAAUAAGGGAGGAUUUGAAAUGACAAGUGGAAACAACAAAGCAAAUGGAGCAUGUUGAUUUUCGAACUGCAAAGAUAUUCAAGAUAUGAAACAUGCUACAGAAGUCUGACUGAGAAGGAUUGAAAUGGAGACUACAGUUAUAGGAGGCUAUAUAAUGCUAGGUUAAUAAUCUAAAACAGCAGAUAAGGCUGAUGAACUGCUGAGUCUGUAUUGGAAUCAGUAAUGGACUAGAUAAGAGAUGAUGAACUGAUGAAUGACCCUGGCAAGAUGGAGUUUCUAUAGGCCCUUCUUUCCCAUUUUGUGGUUGACAGCCUGUCCAGAUUUUUUAUCAUGGGACUACGAAUUCACUUUGUAGUAGAUCCUCAGGGCUGGCUCUGUAUGGGUCUUAUUAUCUUUGUUUGGCUUUUCAACCUGAUCACCAUUCCAAAUGUUAUUCUAUUUCCACGCUAUGAAGAAGAACAUAUAUCAGUGGGUGCAAUAUUCUGUUUCUACAUACUUGCAUUCCUCUGCAUCAUUUCUCUACUUAGAGCCUCCAUAGCAGAUCCAGGGAGACUGCCUGAAAACCCAAAGAUACCAAUUACAGAAAGAGACUUUUGGGAAUUAUGUAAUAAAUGUAAUAUGAUGAGACCAAAGCGUUCCCAUCACUGCAGCCGAUGCGGACACUGUGUUAGGAAAAUGGAUCAUCAUUGUCCAUGGAUUAAUAACUGUGUUGGUGAAGACAACCACUGGCUGUUUUUGCAGUUGUGCUUCUACACAGAGCUCCUCAGUUCUUAUGUACUGUUGCUUGAUUUCUGCCACUGUUACUACUUUGAACCACUAAACAAAGUUAAUUUGGAUCUCUUUGUUUUUAGACAUGAACUCGCCUUGACACGAAUAUCUACCUUCAUGGGUUUAAUAAUGCUGGUUGGAAUUACUGGACUUUUUUAUACUCAGUUAAUUGGUAUAUUUAAUGACACUACAAGUAUAGAAAAGAUGGCAAAUUGUUGUGAAGAAAUAUCGAGACCCCGAAAGCCGUGGCAGCAGACCUUCUCAGAAGUUUUUGGCACUCGCUGGAAGAUCCUGUGGUUUAUUCCUUUCAGGCAAAGGCGACCACUGCGAGUUCCCUACCACUUUGCCAAUCACGUCUAAACAGAUGGAUGGUGGGCACAGAUGGGUCCUCCAUGCUGGAAGUGCGUUGCAGGUUUUGUGAUAAUAGAACUAUGACAGUCCUCAAGUCAAUUAAAAUCUACCCACCAAUCUUAAACAUCACAAUGUGCCCCAGGCUUUAUUUUAAUAAUAAUGAUCAUGAUUCUGUUUUGGGAUUAAUGCACAUUUCUCUGUUUACUUUUAAAGUGUACUUACUUUCACAUUAGCUUUCUAGAGGAAUUACUUUGAUAUGUGAGGUUAAUAACAAACACAGUGAUUGAUGUACAAACAUUACAGUUUUUUGUCUUGAUACUGGAUAAUACGAUGAUAUGUUUUGAUAGAAACUGUCAUUUGCUCAGAUCAGUGGGCUUGAAAAGUGUCCUGUCUGGCUUGAAUUUUUUAUUUAUUUUUAAAUCAACAGUACUUACUGGAUUAUGUGGAGAGACCCCUUUUCUUGCUAAUUUGGUGUAAAUCCCCAUUGCCUUCUUUUUUGUCAUUUAUGAUGCAUGUUAAUGAUUGAGCUCCUCAUCUAUAGGCAAAGGUGGGAUUUUAACAAUUUUUUAAAACAACUGUUUUGUAUCUAAUGCUUUCAGUUAUAAAAUUAUGUUCUUACUGUCUUUGUAUUUAAAACAAAAAUGAAAACCCUGCAGUUACUGUAAAAGAAGAAAAUGUGUUAUUAAAAGUUCCUUCUUUCUACUUGUAAACGCAAUAAUUAGUUCUAGGUGGUAAAUGUUUAUUAGAAAUGCAUACUGGGGAAAACUUAGGCAAUGAUUCAGCCAAAGUUAAGCACCUCAUUUUCCUGGUAUACUUGGACAUCUCUUCAAACAAUUCUGAAAUGGGAACCAUGUUAGUCUGUUAGGGUAAUAAUCUGAUAGCACCUUAAACAUGGUUAAAUGUAUUGCAGUGCAAGCUUUCAUGGAUUUAAGCUGGCACAUGCUAAUUUGGAAACAAGCCUAAAUGAGUUCAUAGGUACUUCACUUCUGAGUAUACAUGUAUAGGAUUGCUAAAUGCUUAAUUUUUGCAGCAUCAUGCCUGUUGGUUUUACUAGUUGCUAUGAUAUAUCAGGUAUAAACAUAUAAAAUAUGCUGUUGUUGCUAUAGUUAUAUUUCCUGUUUUGUAUAGUCACUGCUAGAAAUAUUUAGAAUUAAAAUUUGAAGUGUUCAUAGAUUGGUUAAUAUAUAUGGGAGAUAUUUUUAAAAUGCUAUUUAAAUAUGGGUGUUAAAGAGAAAUAUUGGUUGCUGUGCAUAAAGUUCUAAUUCAAUAUGUAUCAUUGCUUUGUAAUAAGUGAAAUGAAGCAUUUAUGCCGAUAUGACAAGAUUUGAGCUGAUCUGCGAUGGGUAGUAUAUUUACCAAACGUUGGCAAGUUAAUUUCCAAAUGGAAGUUUGCUUUCAAAACAUGAUGUGACCUACGGUCUAGUUUUGUAAGUAGUUCACAUAAUCACAGGGUACUAUCACGAUUUUGGUGCAUGGACACUGUGCUGUAAUCUUAAUUGUAUUGUUGGCACUGAAGUAGUUAUCUGCAAUGCUGUGCUAUGCCUUUUGUCUACUCAGGCCUUGGCAUAGCCAAGCCUUUCUGAAAGUGCUGUUCUCUAGAGGUUGGUCUACAGUUUUUACCAUCCUUAACCAUCAUCCAUAUAAGGAGUGACUGAGGGUGAAUUGCCAUCCUCAACAUCAAGACCACAAGAGUGGGGAAGUCUGCCAUAGCCUUCUCUUUAUAUAUUGUUUAGUUGUUGAGGAAGUUCAGCCUCUACCUCUACCUUUGGGCCUAUGAGAGUUUUGUGUCCAUACACAUGGAAAACAUGCCCUUGGGCCAUGAGCUCAGUAGCUGUGGGUGGAUAUUGAUUAGUGAACCAAAGCUAGCUACUGUUUAAGCUCAUGUGUAAGUCUAGAAAUUUUAGUCAAAAAUUCAUCCCCAAAACCUGGUUAGUAUAAGUCUUAUGCCUUAACUUUUAUCAAAAAAAGAGAACCACCCCUUAUCUAUGUACAGAGGUGGAAGGCAAAAGUUUUGUUUAUCCCAGGAAAACCUUUAAAAAGCACCAAUACCCUCUACUCUUUUUGCCUUGGUAGGGAAAUAGCAAAAGAAGUGUCCUUUUACAUUUCCCCUCAGAAGAAUGUCAAAUAAAAUGGAUGGUUCUCCUGGGAUGAACUAAGCUCUUGCCACUCACCACUUACUUAGAGAAGAGGGUUCCUUUUUUAUAUGAUACUAUACAUUAACUUUUAUCAAAAAAGGAACCAGAUCUUUUUCUGGGUAGAAUGCCAAAAAGGCAUUUUUGAAUUCCUAGGCAGAAGAAAGGGAGCAACAUCAGCUGGGGCAGCUGCCCGCCCCCCCCCCCCCCCCCCGCAAUGGCACUAUUUCUUUCUCCUCUCUCGUGGAUAACCCUUGAUUUAUCCAUGGGAAAUAUCAAAAUCCAUAAUUUUGAUAAUAUUGACAUUCAAUAAUGUUGACUUAUACGUGAGUGUAUACAAUAAUUCUGAACGUAUUAUGUGCUAGGGCUUAAUUUAAGGGCAUUUUCAACUUGAUGCUUCCACAAUCAAACUAUUAUUAUUGUGUUGUCGAAGGCUUUCAUGGCCGGAAUCACUGGAUUGCUGUGAAUUUUCCAGGCUGUAUGGCCAUGUUCCAGAAAAGUCACAGAAACCCAGUAUAUUAUUAUUAUUUGGUUUUGGUUACAAAAGAUUUCAUCAUUUGCACCUCAGCAGUCUGAAGGUUGUGUGUUGCUGUGAUGUAAAUAUGGGAUACAGUUGCAUACAGUAAUACCCAUGACAGAUAUGAGAUGUUAACUAGUUCAUCCUUCCAUGCUGCUGUACCAAAAAGAACCUGUUACUGUAUCCUUAACUAUAUCUGACAGAUAUAGUGAUAUGCUUAUAAAACCUUUGAAUUGUUACUGUUAGCAAAUAGUACCCUGGAAUUAACAACAUGCAGUUACACUGCAAAUUAGGUCAGUGCUCUGCUUAGACCUAUUACUUAUUAUCCUAAAAAAUGUUUUUUUAAAACCAUUCUGAUUGUAUAUCAUUAUGCUUAUUAUGAUACAGGAGUUAUUUCAUGCUUUACAUUUAUUCUUACACUUACUGAGGUAGAAAUAGUAAUUUCAUUUUGAAAAGUUCUAAGUACCUCAUUGACAGAAUUGGACUUUGGAGAAACAUUAAAUAAACAGUAGUAUUACAUGCAGUUUGAUUUUUUAAAAAGUGGGUGUUUUUGUCUUCCAAAAAGUUAUUGAGGGUUUUGGAGACAAUCAUAGUAUUUGAUUGAAAGACCUGGGCUCUUGAUUACUUUUCCCUAGUAUUGCUUAUGAUUUAUCUCCAUUAAUUUCAUUUAACACAUUUUAAAAUCAGUCAGAACAGCUGGACUAUGGGUUAAUGUUCCCUGCUAAUAUUUAUUUUGAAAUUCAAAUUGAAGACACAGAAAGUACAUGAAGCUAAACACAUAUCAAUGCCACAUUGUUAGCAUUUUGUUUGUCAUCACCUAUUGUAUCCUAUUGCUUAGCAAAUGGUAUUAAAACAUGGGGGUUUUUGGGGGGGAGGGUUCCAUUGUAUAAAACUAUAGUAAUAUUGGAUGCAUCACCAAAAUGAACUCUGUGUUUCUAAAAGUUUGCAAAUGUUACAUGAGCUUGAAAGAUCUGCUUUUCUCUUGUUGUCAAAGUGCCCUCUCUUGGUUGAUUUGUAUAAUGACACUGGCAUUCUACCUUCAAAGAAAAUGCCUUCUAAUUUUAGAAAAGAAAAAGGUAUUUUUACAUCUCAUCUUUUUAUAGACAUGAAUAUUGAUACUUCAGUCAGAAAAAGUGGUUAGAUGUUAUGUGAGCAGCACAGCACGUUUUUUUGAACUGGGGAAAAAUAUGUUCCUUUGUAUGUAGAAAAACAGGCACUUGCUCCUCCAUUCAGAUAUGCUUUAUCUGGUAUGACUAGUAAUACUCCUGUUUGAAAAAGUAACAGAUAUAAGAAAUAUAUUUGUGCCAGUGAUAUCUCCUAAACCUGGAUGCUGAAAACCUAUAUAUGUGGAUAAAAAUCUGAUAAAUCACAAUAGUGUUAAUUCUCAGAUAAUGGCUUGCUAUCAUUUCUGGACAUAUCAUCAAAGGCAAAGUAUCAAUUAUUGUCUGCUUCUAAUAACUUUUGAAUCCUCUCAAUCAAAGUGGUAAGUGUUCAGUAAAAUUCUAGGUUUUAAAAUACGUGGACUUGUAAUAUAAAGUGUUGAUUCCAUAUUAUAAUUCACUCAGGUUGUCAAUUUACAGAUUCAGUGACAUUACCUUCUCUUCAUACUGUGGAGUCUCCUCAUAAACCCUCAAAACCCACUGGUAAAUCCUAGGAAAUGCUUUUGCUGGUGGAUCUGAAAGACAGGAUAAUAAAUGGAGAGAUUAGAUGGAACUAAAUAUGUUUUAAUAUGGCUAGGACAGCUGCUUAAUUUUUCUACCCUAUUUUGCAUCUGUGCUAUUUAUUUAUAAUCUUUUAAUUUUCAGAUGUCUGAAUUGAGGUAGUUUAAAUUAUCUACUGUAAAUUAUAUUAUGUUUUGAAAUAUCUGGUGCAUGGCAUCUAAAUAAUUAAUAUAUGUGGUAAGCAGGAUUAUUUAAUUAAUUAGGAAAGGACAUUUUAAUUUUUAUGCUCAACAUAAUACUUUUAAGGUAAUUACUUCCGUUGGUGGUAGAUUUAACUCUUCUACUCUUUAAGUGUGCCUAAGAGCACUCUCUGUAAACAGCAGCUAUUUUCUAUGUAUUUUAUACCGGGAUGAAAAUAAUGUGUCUCACUAUAGAAUCAUAGAGUCAUAGAGUUGAAAGAGAUCACAAGGUCCAUCCAGUUCAUCCCCGCUCCCUGCUGCCAUGCAGGAAAAUACAAUCAAAGCACCCCUGGCAGAUGGCCAUCUAGCCUCUGCUUAAAAACUUCCAGAGAAGGGUAAAUAGAAUAUAUGGGGCAGUAUGUUCCACAGCCAAACAGCUGUUACCAUCAAGAAGUUCUUCCUAAUGUUCAGAUAUCUUUUCCUGUAAUUUGAAUCUAUUGUUCUGUGUCCUAGUCUCCAGAGCAGCAUAAAACAAGCUUGCCCCCUCCUCAAUGUGCGGGCAAAUAUUUAAACAUGGCUAUCCUAUCCCUCUCAGCCUUCUUUUCUCCAAGCUAAACAUACCCAGGUCCCUAAGCCAUUUGUCAUAGGGCUUGGUUUCCAAACCUUUGUUCAUUUUGGUCGCCCUUAUCUGGACAUGUUUCAGCUUGUCAAUAUCCUUCUUGAAUUGUGGUAACUGUUUUUCUCAAUAACUCAGCAUAGCCAGUGGUGAGGGAUAUUAGGAACCACAGUUCAACACAUUCUGGAGCCCACACACAUUCCAUUCAUGUGUUAGAAUGUCCAAAACAGUAACUGGACAUGAACGUUUCCCAUUCGAUACAAGAUUAGGCCCAUUACAUGUUGAGCAGGAUAUGUUGUUGCUGGCAUGGGGGCACAGCCAUGAUGCCAGUGCUAAUCAGCAGCCAAAGAGAUGUGGAGAGACUUUCAGUUCCUGGCAGUGGCAUCUUCAUGAUGGAAAUAAAUAGAAUAUUUAGUAGUGUCCCUAGCAAGCCAGUCUGGCCAUCAUGAGAUACACUGCUGGAAUUGCUAAGGAUUUGGUAUAUACUUUCCCCUCCUUCAGCCCCAGGUAAAUGGCCUAUUAAACUCCAUCGGUGAAUGGAGUCAGGCAUUGUGGCAGCUCAAGAUUUGGUCACAGAAGUCUACUAACUCCUCUGAGCCUAUUUGGAUAGCAAGGCAUUGGGCUUUCUGCAAACUACAUGUGGGCUGCAUCAUUCCAUUGUAAUGCUGUUACUAUUAUCACUGCAUUUGCGUUAGUUGGGGGAAGAUAUUUUUACAGAUGAUAAAUGCAUUUAAAUGUAUUUACAAUUAGAAAGAGCAUUCUAGUCUUAGUUUUAAGGUUAGUAUUGAGACUUCUCUGCUGAAAGAGCCAUUUAAUGCACCCAAUGUUUCUAUAUGCAUUCCCAUCAUAUAACAGGCAUUUACAAUUUGACUUUUAUCAAAGAAUAAAUGACUUAUUUUUUAGCAAUUUGGGCACUUUAUUCUUCAGUAUAGCCUUUAUUAUACUGGAUUUCUUAUAUUAAUUGUCUACUAAAUCAAUUCUCAAUUUGUACAUCUUGUUGGAUUUCAGAGCAUGGUUUUAAAACUCUUGAGCUCAGCCAAAGAUUUGAGUGUAUGAGGUUGUAGUACUACCUGUACCACUACCAUUCCAGCGGAGCCAGAUUUCCUGUGCUCCAUUUCCACAAACAUCUCUUGUCUUGAAAGGGCAACUUGUGCAGCUUUGCUUAGCCUCCAUAGGCUAGGAUUCAAUUUUAGCAUUUGACAUGUCUUCCUCAUAUUUGUUCAAGGAUCCCUGGUUGGAAUCUUUUGCUAUUUGAGCUGGGCUGUUCAGAUAGCAAAACUUCCAUUACAGCAAGUGAGUGUGGACCAAUGGAUAUAGUAGUUCCAGUGCCAAUAUGAGUGAUGAAUUAUCAAAAAAGUGUUGCACAGGAACACACAAUCACACUUGAGGCAGUUCUUAUCAUCAAUCACAAUGCAUUGCUUCAUGUCCUAGCCCUGGAGCAGAAGAAGGCAAGCUGGCUCUAUCUCCAUUAUGACAUCCUAUCAAAUAUUUCAAGAUGACUAUCAUAUUACUCUUUCUCCUUCUCUUCUCCAGACAAAACAUACUCAGCUCCCUAAGCCAUUCUUCCAUGACUUCUAGACUUUUUGCCAUUUUGGCCACACCCCUCUGGUCCUUUACUAAUGCUUAGAAAACAACUUCUGCUAUCGGCAUAGCCAAAUAUGCCCAAGACAACUACUGAUUUAAAAGAAGACCCUACUGGAGGGUGCUUUGUUCAGAUCCUUUGUAAGUCUGGAGUCCUUUUUUUGUGUCAGCAUGUUUAACCUUCUGCCUUAGUUUUCUAUUUUUAAAAAAGGAAUUCAACAUUUAAAAUACAAUUUUGUAUUUACAAGCAGAUAAAGGUAGAUUAAAAUGUGUAUGUCGUUAUACAGUAUUGUUGAAAUUCUUUAUAUGUGAUGAAACAAAGCAAGUUUGUCGUAUAUAACCCAGAAAUAUGUUGGCUUUCUAGAGUAUUGAUAAAUAUACUGUAGAAAGCUACUGCAACAAUAGAACUGUUGAUAUGGUAAAUCUGAUAAGAUGUUUUUACAUUAGCAAUAUUAAUGUAUAUUCUGGGUAUGAACAGAUUUUUGUUUAAUAGAAACUACUUGUGGUGAAAGCACUCCAAUAUGGAAAACAUGUCAUGUCUAGGUUCAGAAAACAGAAAGCAUUUUAUGGGAAGAAUUAAUAUUUUUUGUUUCCACUGAUUUAAAUUGAUUUGCUAAACUAAUUAAACAGAAUAAUUAGAAGUGAAAAUUAUUGAGAGACUUUCACUUUUUGGAGUUUAUCACACAAGGCCGGCGAAUUGCAAUUACAGAAGGACAACAGUAUCUUUGUUGUGGAUUUACAAUGUUGCUUCUUUCCCACUGUUCUCCCUUUGGAAGGUAUUUCUUUUACAAAAAGAUACCAUUAAUGGAUUAGUUGCAUCUGUAAAAGUAACUCUGUCAAGGCUGUUCCCUACUGGAAGAGCAGCAAGAAAGAAGUGGCACAAUGUAAUAAGUCCAAGGCCUUGUGUGAUAAACCCUUUACUCAAAAAUGAAAUGUGGCAAAUCCAGAGUCAAUAUUCUAGUAAUGCUGAAACAUUACAUCGGAGGAAUUUAAUGGGCUGAGUGAGACACUCCGAGGUGUUUUUGCAGCUUAUGGACUCUCACGUGCUGCUCUCCUUACUAAAAAAAUUGUAGAGGACAGAAAUGGCACACCAUAACUAAAACACCAGUUAUUCUACUGCAGAACUUAAAAAUAUGAAGGGGUUACAAAACUGGAAGUGAAUUUCUAGUCAGUUUGGCUGUUUAGGGCUGGGACAGUCCAUGGCAUGUUUUACAUGGAGAUUGCCCACUCCUGCAUAUAUACCACAAUAGCUUUGAAAUUAUAUACAUCUAGAUUAUUCUUUGUUGAAUUUCAGGCUUGAAAUAGUGAAGAGUGAUUUUGAAUGAUAUGUGAAUUGACUUGUACUUAUGCCAUAGAAUAUUUCCUUCCUCUUCUUAGCUCCCUAAACCUACUUUGGAGACUUGGCUGGAGCAGAUUUGAAGUUGGGAGUGAGAUUUGGGGAAAAAAACUAGUUAAAUGUCAUUCUGCAACUUCAUAAAUCAUGCUAGGAAUGAUAUAUUUCUCGAAAGAAGAAAGUUCUGGUAGAACAAAACUAAACAUUGGACAUGAAAUCUAGUUCUAAUUAAAUCAAUCAGUUUACACAUUGCCUUAAAUACCAUGUGAACCCUAUUAUUUUUUGCUCAAAACAGGUUAUUAAACUUAUAACUGAUCCUAUCCAGAGGAAUUCACCUUCUGAUAAAUGUGCAAAGGACUUCUCAGUAAUGUUAGGAAAGAAUGAAAAUGUCAGGCAGAUACACAUUAGAUCUUGUUUGAGUUUGGAAGAGAUCUUAGGUGAAUAAGUAUGCUUACCAUGCCAGGCCCAUCUGCAUUUGUGUCUCUUUCAGGAAACAGAUUUUUUUUCUAAACAGAACCUUUUGCAAAUGAAAAAUAAACAGUGCUUUAGUUUUCUUGCACAUGGUAAAUGAAGGAACACAAAGUCCAGGAGAGAGACCUGUGACUUCGAUGACAAUCAUGUGAUGUAUCUGCUCUGGCUUUUAUUAUUAAUCUCAAAGGAGAUUUCUGAAGCACUGAAUCAUGCCACCACCAUAGUUUUGGAAUAAUGGCUAUCUCUUUCAAAACUUGAAAGAAAGUCUAGAGUGGAUUCUCUGCACCACUGAUAUAAAAAGUUCCACCAUCAUCCAUAUGUGUGUGUGUACCCAGUAUAGAUUAUAUAGAUCAUCCCCCUCAAUAACGUUAGGAUACAGUGAUCAAAAUCCAAUUGUUAGUUCCAACUAGGCUAGACCCAUUAAAUCAACAUCUUACUGAUUCAAUGGGUAUACUCUAGAUGGGACUCACAAUUAAGUUUAGGCCAGCAAGUUAAGAUAGAGUGGUGGUGGGAGACUUCCUUAGUAAUGAAAGCUGCUCAAGGUUUUGUUUCUAAAUAGGUCUUCAAGCCAUUGGAUUCCAUCUUCAAACUUGGGUCAGCACUUCAGAUAGCUCCUUUAAAGAUUACACUGAAUCCUGGAGUAGAUUCAUAAAUUUACUGUAAUGGAAGCCACCUUACUAGAUAGGAAUUACUUCUAUUUAGCUUAUGCUAUGCUUUCUUUUAGUGUCUGAUUCCUCCUAAAGUUGCCUAUAAUGGGAAGGAUACAUAACUAAGUUUCAUGGAUUCAGUGGAUCUACUCAGCCUACCAUUUGGAUUUUGGCCAAGUUUAGCUAGGAGAUCCUGAGAAGCGAUUCUUGAAAAUGAAUAUGUAUAAUAUUAAUACUUGCUGAACAUAGGGGAAUAACGUCUACCUUUGAUGUAUACAAUGUCAAAAGUGUUGAACGUAAAGGGUUUAAUAAUAUGGUGUAUGAGAGAAAAAUCUAAAAUCCAACUGUUCAGCAUUGUUGUUCUCAUGAACAGUUCUUUGAAAAGUUAAACUCCAAGAAUCACCUCUACUCUGCAUUGCCAGUGGCCAUUGUGGCUGGAAGUUUUUGGAAGUUGUGAUCCAAGAAGGGAACUCUGCCUAUGAAUAUGAGAGCAAUGUGUGAUAGCAUUUGCAGAUUCAUUUCGAAAGGGUUGUUCCAUUGCAGCUCAGAAAAUAAAAUGUAAGGAAGCAACUUGCUUUCCUUUAUGACCCCUAAAAGUCUACUGUCAUCUAUAAUUUAAUGGACACGUGAAUACUUUAUAAUACUCAGACAUGAUAAAUCAUUGCACAUUCUCUGAAAUAGCAUCUUACAAAUAACAGCAAUGGAGUGAAUCUCCAGGAGAGGAUUAACUGCUGAAUUAUGCUGAGAACUAACUGUCCUCACUAUGAAUUUAAUACAUUGACACCUCAGGUUCAUAGAAUCCAACUCACUUUCCUGUUGUAUCCAGUGCAAUCCCACUUACUUUCUUAGGGUAAUUUAUAGCUGUAUAAACAUAAUCAGGAUAGAAUGUGAAAUUUUUAUUCUCAAAGUAUUCAGGUAUUGUGUUCAGACUUCGUGGUCACCAGAUGGGAGGGAAUACAUAAUAUUUUAAUAUACGAAGUAGCUUUUCUGUUAUAUUCUAAAAGUCAUAUAGGAUGCUUUAUUUGAGUAACAUUCAGCCUAAAUGCCAUCAUAAAGUAUAUUCCUGAGCGGCACAUACAAAAUUCAGCAUUUUAUAGCCCGUAUAAUCUGAGUGUUAUCUUUGUUUUAUUUUUCAUCUGCUCUACCUAGAUUGCUUCCAGAUAACACUCCAAAAUUGUUUACAUUUGGCAUUAUGAAGAUGUCUAGUGCUUCUGUUUAUCUGUUAAAAAGUGAUAGGAAAAUGAUGGGGGAUAGGAUGGGAGAUACGAAUGUAUGGAUUACACCAAAUUAGGGAACAAUUACUCUGCUAUAAUUGUAUAUUAAUAUCCCAAAGUAAUAUAAUGUGUCCACCUUAUAAACAAUGUUUUUGUAUUUUUGUUGGGUGUUUUUUCAUGUAAUGUUUCUGAUUUUUUUCUUUAAAGAUAGUUUCUUUUUAGUGAUUUUAUUUAUUUCUAUCAAAAGUAUUAUGUACUGUAUUUUUGAAAUUUUAUUUUUAAAUAAAUAUAAAUACAUAUAAACUGUUA